CGAUAGAUUGUUAUUACUGCGAGUCGCCGCCGCGCGACUCUUAACAGGGGCCGAAAGUUGCGUCUGGCCGCCAGCGAAACAGCGCGUGGCGCGGUGUUGCGCCAAGAAAUAAUGGGAAACGUCAUCAUCGUGGAUCGACGUCACUUAAAUCGCUGAGAAGGCGUGCGCGCCUAUUUACUGGGAGCACCUUACAUUCUGUUUGUUUCAAAUUUACUUGAAAUGACAGAGGGAAGGAAGAAGAAAUGAAUAAACAGUUAUACAGUAUGUCCACACGCUGCAAAGAGACGCACAACAAGGCUAAACUCUUGCAGACCAAAACCAAAUCAAUGCUCCAAGGUGGAGGUAACAACGACUGUAUUGGAGUAUGUCAAAUCGCUAUGAGAAAGAAAUAUAUUCUGCAGUUAAAGAAGAAGUUUCCAAAGUAUUGCCGUCCUUGACGACCCAGGAAAGAGACUCGGCCCUUAGGCCUGAAAUUGCAGCCCAUGUCACCGGAGGUUCCUUUGACAACGUGGCCAGUCCGGGAAGUCCACUUAAAGGGAAGGUUCUGGGGCAGAAAAUCCCAGCAUGGGAAUCGGCACGAGGACUGGCUUUCCUGCACAACAUGGAACUGCGCAAUGGGGAGCUCAUCAUUCCUCAGGCGGGCCUGUACUACAUCUACUCCCAGACCUACUUUAGACAGUCCCAGCCCGAAGAAGGCGAUGAUGGUGGGGAUGAGCAAGAGAAUGAGCCAAGUGACAAGCAAAUGCUGCAGUACAUCUACAAGAAAGUCAGUUCAUAUCCAGCCCCAAUCCUACUGAUGAAGAAUGCUCGGACAACCUGCUGGUCAAAGGAUGCAGAGUAUGGGCUUUAUUCCAUCUAUCAGGCUGGUGUUGUCCAGCUUGGCAUUGGUGACCGACUGUUUGUGACGGUCAGCAACCUGAGCACAGUAGACAUGGAUGAGAAAUCCAGUUUCUUUGGGGCUUUCUUAGUCAGCUAGUGGAUUUAUCUUCAUUAUAAAUUAAAGCUGUCUUGUAAAAUUCAACACACCCUGAGAGAAAGGUGUACAGUCCAGGGGGCACUGGUGUCGCAAUGAGUGAGCUUCAUGGUUGCUGGUUUAUUGCGUCUAACGUAGGAGACGUGCAGGAAGAAGCUUUGUUACCUUACUGUCAGGGCUGGUGGGUGUUUGCUUGUCCCUUUAUGUCAUGCAAAAAAUACUGACUAGCCAUUGAGAGGGAAGAGGACAUAGCUGCUCAGCCAAUGUCAUGUGACUUCUGGAAAGAGCAACAGGAGCGGAGGCCACAGGCUCCACUGGUCAGCGAAAAGGGCUGUCCACACCAGUCGAACACGAUGCAGAAGCUAUUCUGCAAUGGACCUUGUGACUGAAAAGGACUACUGACAAUUCUACGUGUUCAGCUUGUCCGAGUCAUUAUCGACAUGAGACGUUUCAAAAGCCAUAUGAUGGUUUUUAAAAAAUGUCCCUUUAUUCAUGGUCAUUAAUGUUUCUUUUGCUAAAAACUGGUAGGCAUUUGCCCAUGCAGAGUGACCAUGAGGUGUCAAAGGUUUCAUUAGGAUGAAAGCUAAACAGGUUAAAUGACAGGUUGACCAAAACUGAACUGGUCCAAGUUUAUCAACUCAAACACAGAUAUGAUCAUUAGUAGAAUUUAAACAGAGGUUCAUCAGUUUAAAAAUGUAAGUUUUCCAGAAUCAGAGUAGCUGUACUUGUAAUAUACAUAAAGCAUCUUUGUAAUUUCAAGGUUUCAUUUACAGCAGUUAUUCUGAAGUGGAAUGUCAGACCUGUGAUUUGUCAUUUAUAAACCAAAGCCUGUAUUUGUAAUUAACACAAAUGAGGUGUAAUGCAUCAUAGUCGAUCUUUUCUUAAUGUCCAUAUUUUAUAAAGGGGUAAUCAAUACCAUAUCGUUAGGUGACUGCAUUCACAUGUUUUUCAUGUUACAAGAAAAGCAUACAAAGAUUUCAGGGUAAAGGGAGGCUGAAUUGGUUGUGCAGGCAUUUCCUGAGGUGUGUCAGAAUGUUUGGGUAAUGGCAUACAUUGUGCUAAUCAAUAAAGGCAUUGCAUUUCUGACAUUAUUUGACCUCCUUUCAUUAUACACUGCCUGGCCAAAAAAAAAAAAAAAAAAAAAAAGUUGUUGGACUGCCUUUUUGCUUUGAUUAUGGCACGCAUUCACUGUGGCAUCGUUUCGAUAAGCUUGUGCAAUGUCACAACAUUUAUUUCCAUCCAGAGCUGCAUUAAUUUCUCGCCAAGAUCUCGUAUUGAUGAUGGGAGAGUCGGACCGCUGCGUAAAAUAUUCUCCAGCACAUCCCAGAGAUUCUCAAUGGGGUUAAGGUCUGGACUCUGUGGUGGCCAAUCCAUGUGUGAAAAUGACAUCUCAUGUUCCCUGAGCCACUCUUUCAGAAUUUGACCUCGACGAAUCUUGGCAUUGUCAUCUUGGAAUAUGUCCGUGCCAUCAGGGAAGAAAAAAAAAUCCACUGAUGGAAAAACAACCUAGGAAA